UUCUGGGCUUACUUUGUAAGCUAACUAAGUUUGUUUGGCGAAGUUGAAGUUCCAUUUAGCCAAAACCAACUGAAAAUCCAGACUUUCAUUUACAACUGUGGUCGUAAUCUUGUAGAAAUGGCGCUGCAACAUACACUACGUUUACCGUUUCUGGUUUUGCCUUCUUCUAAUUGCCGAUUCCAAGGGGGUGCUUUCGCUUUUGCGGCCACGAAUUCGCAACCCAGCGAUGCUUUCGCUUCAUGGAGGUUGAAGUCUUCUUAUCCUUCAUCCGUCGCUUCGGUAAAGUUGUCUUUCCUGGGUAGUUUUUUAAGAAGCAGCACUCGAGGGGCCUAUAAAACUGCUGGGUCACUCUGGUCAGGUGAUGGAAAGAAGAAAAAAGGACAAGCAGAUAUGGACUCCGAUGAGGAAGAUGAUUCUUCUUCAGCAAAGCAGCAAGACCUUGAGCUUAUGGAUGUAGAAGAGAGACGGGAAUGGAGGGAGAAGAUUAGGGAAGUGAUUGAUAUGAACCCCGAUGUUGAGGAGGAGAUGGAUAUCAUGGAAAGGAGAAGGAAGAUGCAAAAGCUUCUAGCUGACUAUCCUCUUGUUAUGGAGGAGGAAGAUCCUAAUUGGCCUGAGGAUGCUGACGGUUGGGGUUUCAACUUGGGUCAGUUUUUUGAUAAGAUCACCAUCAAAAAUAAGAAAAAGGAUGAUAAAGAUGAUGAUGAUGAUAAAGAUGACAAUGAUGAUGAAGUAGUUUGGCAAGAUGACAACUACAUUCGUCCAAUUAAGGACAUAGCAACUGCUGAAUGGGAGGAGGCUGUGUUUAAGGACAUUAGUCCACUAAUCAUUCUUGUACAUAAUCGCUACAAAAGGCCAAAGGAAAAUGAAAAAAUUCGCAAGGAGCUAGAGAACGCCAUCCACAUAAUAUGGAGUUGCAAUCUGCCUUCGCCAAGAUGCGUUGCUGUUGAUGCUGUUGUUGAACGCAACUUGGUCUCUGCUCUUCAAGUGUCUGCCUUUCCAGAGAUUAUCUUCACUAAAGCAGGGAAGAUUUUAUACCGUGAGAAGGGAUUUGUAAGUGCAGAUGAGUUGUCCAAAAUAAUGGCGUUCUUCUACUAUGGAGCAGCUAAGCCACCAUGUUUAAGUGACGUUAGGGAUUAUCAGGAGGCGAUCCCAUCAGUUUCUGUUGAUGCCUGAUUAUGCCAUAGGAGGAUAGACAAAGUAUAUGCUCUUUUUGGUUUGUUGUAGAUGAGGAGUUUUAGCAAUCGCUUUGUUGGGGCAGUCUUUUUUAUAUUGAAAGGCCAGUGUCCUCUGUCUUUUAGUCCUGCAACUUCAUGAGUUGUUCAAGGUUAUUACCGAAAUAUGAAAUGUAUUAUAGCUUAAGAUGACAUAGCGCCAAAAGCAGGUGCUCUUCUGGAUUCAAAAUCUUGUUGGCGAUGAGUGAUGAUGCCUUCGGUUAGUGACCAUCAACCAACGUUUCCAUGGAAAAGGUAAUCCUCUUAACAUUUGCAGACUCUUUCUACGUGCUAAUUUGCAUACAUUGUAACAUCUUCUCGAGUCCACCCUUGUAUGAAAUUCUUUGAUACCGUUGUUGCAUCAUUUUAAUUUAACAAUCAGCUGUGGCUAAGUUCUAAGUUCGAGACAUGGAAUGAGCACUAUCAAAAUUUUCAAUUUGGUCCUUAAAUUUUCAAGUUCGUUCUGUUUUGAGCAUUCAACUUCCAAUGUCUACUUUAAUUUCUAAACUUCUAAAAACCAAUGAUUUUGGCUUGAAGUCGUACUCGUAAAUAACAAGUUGCAGUGGUCGAAGUUAUAACGUCUAUUAUUUGCAUUCUAUUUAUGUUAGCAACAUUUUGUUGCUUAUUAUUAUUAUUUUUUUAUGGUUUAUGAACUUUUUAGGAUAUAGUACAAUGUGAAAAAUAUGAACAGAAAUGUGCAUAGGUGACCCAAAAUUUAAUAGGGAAGAGAUGAGUAGGUAAAAUGUAUAGUUUAUAAUAGAAGAAAUUUGAUGGGCAUCCAUAUUAGUUAAUUUUGGGAAGAAAAGGAACGGUGGAAAUUGCUUGGAAAGAGGAGUAGGUGAGUGGGCGAUGAAUGCCGUGUGUUGUGGGGUGCCUCACAAUAGUUGAAGACAUCAAUAGUUGACUCAUUAUUGUGUUUUUUAAUUUUAGUUUGACUCCAUAUAUACUUAACCAGUUGAUCUUUAGGAACCCACUGGGGAACCUUCUUUCCCUCUUGAGCUAAAAGGCAUAAAAUGGUAAGCUCAAGACUAAGGCUAGCCCUAACUUCUCUAUGGUCAAUAGGGAACGACUCGAGCAUCUGGUCUCGUUCCCUCUAAGAAAGGAAAAAUGUCAAAAACUCCAACUCAAUCCUAGGUAAGUGAACAUCAUUAUAGCCUUAUAAAAGGUAAAUCCAUUCUAAGCUUACAACCCUAAACCUACUACACCCUUGUGUCUUUGUUACCUAGUGAAUCAUUUCAUCCCCUAAAUUACAAGUCUAUGCAUAAAGAUGACGAACAAUUAUCAUCUUACCAUCUAAUAACUUCUCUAAAACAUUCCUGAAAUCCUAGUUGAAUUAAGAAGGAAAAAAAAAAAAAACAAGUUUAUGGAAAGUACGUUAAUUAAUCCUAAGCUAUCAGGGCAUGAUUGAUAGUCGAC